AUGUCCAUUGGAGUGCCAAUCAAAGUCCUUCAUGAAGCUGAGGGCCACAUCGUUACCUGCGAGACCAACACCGGGGAGGUGUACCGGGGGAAACUCAUUGAAGCUGAGGACAACAUGAACUGCCAGGUAAUAACAUGCAUCUCAAACUUUUUAAAGUGGAUUUCAUGCCUACCAUGAUUUGCAAUUUGAUAGAAAGUAUCAUUCUGAGCAUGUUGCAUCAAGUUCUCUAAGUUCUAAAUACCUUACUAGUCUAUAUUAUAACAUUAUGAUAUACAAAUCAGCAUCUCUUUUCCCUGAAUCCCCCAUAAAGUAGUCCUCCACAACCUACCCCCAACCCCUUCCUUCCUCAUCUAAAUGUGAUUGAACAUUCUGCCCCCUCCAGAUGGCCAACAUCACAGUGACUCACAGAGAUGGCCGUGUAGCCCAGCUGGAGCAGGUGUACAUCCGAGGCAGCAAGAUCCGAUUCCUUAUUCUCCCAGACAUGCUGAAGAACGCACCCAUGCUAAAGAGUAUGAAGAACAAGAACCAGGGAGCUGGAGCUGGGAGAGGGAAAGCUGCCAUUCUCAAAGCACAAGGUACAGAUUUUAUUAUAUCAUGGCCCUAAUCAGACCCACUUGGUAUCCAACUGGCCUGCGUGCCAGUCUGUUUGUGCCAUCAUGCCAACUCUUUGUCAGUCAUUGUGAUGCCAAACAUGUUUGGCUUGACUAUGACAGCAUUGGAGUUGGUGUUAGCAGGAGCACAAAGAGAUCUAGGCCCAAGCUAGUAUCCUAUUGGAUUUGGCACAUAAAUUAUGCAAGCAGAUUAUUGUAAAAACAAGCUACAAAUGGACAGUACCAAAACAAAUGAUCUAAUGAUUCUGUCUCUAAUGGCACCGAAGGAGAUGGCUGCCGUUUUACGGGCUCGUAACCAAUUGUGCUAUUGUGUGUGUUUUUUCGCGUUAUUUGCAACUUAUUUUGUACAUAAUGUUUCUGCCACGUCUCUUAUGACCGAAAAGAGCUUCUGGAUAUCAGGACAGCGAUUACUCACCUCAUACUGGGCGAAGAUUUUUUAUUUGACGAGUCGGAUGCUAAGGAUUUUCUUCAGACACCCGACAAGGCCCAAAUCCCUGUCAUUCGCAUGAGAAAGAGACUGAGAUAUCGGGGACGUAGGUCGGGGUGCCUCGUAAGGAUCCGACGGCGAGGCAUAAUCUGCCUCUACCAUCAGUCCUAUUAGCCAUCAUUGGAUAACAAAAUAGACAAACUAAGAUCACGGAUGCUGCGAAGAGACAGAAUCAUUAGAUCAUUUGUUUUGGUACUGUCCAUUUGUAGCUUGUUUUUGGACACAGGUCCAGGAAUGGCUAAAGGAUUGCAAUAUUUACCUGGAGCUAACCUUGCAGAUAGCAUUACUGGGUGAUCUGAAAAGUCGUAGUCAAUCGAUCAAUAAUAUAAUAAUACUUUUAGCAAAAAUGUUUAUUUUUAAUUCACAAUCUGUAGAAACAAUGAGAAUAGAAAGGUUCAGAAUUUUUGUAAAACAUCACAGUACAGUUGAAAUAUAUAUGGCAAAUAGAAAUCCUAUAUGGAUGGUGUUAAGAGAUAGAUGGGAGUUGUUGAAUGGAUCUGAAGGAUGGGACUAAUAACAACUAACAACAAAAUAAUAACAACUAAUAACGUAAGCAUACUGUGUCCACAUAGGUUGUAUGUUGGGAGCUUUUGGGAAACAGCACAGUUAGAAAUAUAUGGCAUAUAGAAGCAAACCGGAUGGACAUCAUGAAAAUGAUCGGAGAGGUUGAGACUAGAAGAAGUUCAGGAGAAAAAAACAAACAAAAUAUAAUUAUUGUAAAAUUGACUGUGUACAUAAAAUGUAGAUAGUAAGUAUAAGCUGGAAGUAGAGGCCUAAGCAUUGUUGUUCACUAGUUUACCCCAAGUAGGGAAAGGGUGGCGGGGUUGGAAAGUAAUAAAGGGGAAUAUAUAUAUAUAUAUAUAUAUAUAUAUAUAUAUAUAUAUAUAUAUAUAUAUAUAUAAAAUCAUGGGGGAUUGGAAGUGAUGCAGACAAUUACAUUGAUGGAAGUUACAAUCUAUCUGCAAUAUUAAGCUGAUCUACCCCCCCCCCCCCCAAAAAAAAAAAAAAAUCACGGAUAUCCUACCAACGGGACAUUAAAAACGGUAAUAUCUUAUGUUUCACCGAGUCGUGGCUGAACAACGACAUGGAUAACAUACAGCUGGCGGGAAAUAUGCUGCAUCGGCAAGAAAGAACAGCUGCCUCCGGUAAGACAAGGGGUGGCGGUCUGUGUAUAUUUGUAAACAACAGCUGGUGCACAAAAUCGAAUAUUAAGGAAGUCGCGGUUUUGCCCGCCUGAGGUAGAGUAUCUCAUGAUAAGCUGUAGACCACACAAUUUACCAAGAGAGUUUUCAUCUAUAUUUUUCGUAGCUGUCUAUUUACCACCACAAACCGAUGCUGGCACUAAGACUGCACUCAAUGAGCUGUAUAAGGCCAUAAGCAAACAGGAAAACGCUCAUCCAGAGGCGGCGCUCCUAGUGGCCAGGGACUUUAAUGCAGGGAAACUUAAAUCAGUUUUACCUAAUUUCUACCAGCAUGUUAAAUGUGCAACCAGAGGAAAAAAAACUCUAGACCACCUUUACUCCACACACAGAGACGCGUACAACGCUCUCCCUCGCCCUCCAUUUGGCAAAUCUGACCAUAACUCUCUAUCCUCCUGCUUACAAGCAAAAACUAAAGCAGGAAGCACCAGUGACUCGGUCAAUAAAGAAGUGGUCAGAAGACGCAGAUGCUAAGCUACAGGACUGUUUUACUAGCGCAGACUGGAAUAUGUUCCGGGAUUUUUCCGAUGGCAUUGAGGAGUACACCACAUCAGUCACUGGCUUCAUCAAUAAGUGCAUCGAUGACGUCGUCCCCACAGUGACCGUACGUACGUACCCCAACCAGAAGCCAUGGAUUACAGGCAACAUCUGCACUGAGCUAAAGGGUAGAGCUGCCGCUUUCAAGGAGCGGGACUCUAACCCGGACGCUUAUAAGAAAUCCCGCUAUGCCCUCCGACGAACCAUCAAACAGGCAAAGGGUCAAUACAGGACUAAGAUUGAAUUGUACUACACCGCUCCGACGCUCGUCGGACUAUUACAGACUACAAAGGGAAGCACAGCUGUGGGCUGCCCAGUGACACGAGCCUACCAGACAAGCUAAAUUACUUCUAUGCUCGAUUUGAGGCAAGCAACACUGAUACAUGCAUGAGAGCAUCAGCUGUUCCGGACGAUUGUGUGAUCACGCUCUCCGUAGCUGAUGUGAGUAAGACCUUUAAAUAUGUCAACAUUCACAAGGCCGCAGGGCCAGACGGUUGUCAGUUGUCAGAGCACCUUACCGAUCACUGCACCUGUACACAGCCCAUCUGAAAUUAGCCCGCCCAACUACCUCAUCCCUAUAUUGUUAUUUAUUUUGCUCAUUUGUACCCCAGUAUCUCUAUUUGCACAUCAUCUCUUGCACAUCAUUCCAGUGUUAAUACUAAAUUGUAAUUAUUUUGCACUAUAGCCUAUUUUAUUGCCUUACCUCCAUAACUUGCUAAAUUUGCACACUGUAUAUUAUAUGUAUUUCUGUUGCAUUUUUGACUUAGUUUUGUUUUACCCCAUAUGUAACUCUGUGUUGUUGUUUUUAUCGCACUGCUUUGCUUUAUCUUGGCCAGGUCGCAGUUGUAAAUGAGAACUUGUUCUCAACUGGUUUACCUGGUUAAAUAAAGGUGAAAUAAAAAAAUAAAAAUAAAAAAACCAGGACGUGUACUCCGAGCAUGCGCUAACCAACUAGCAAGUAUCUUCACUUUUCAACCUGUCCCUGACUGAGUCUGUAAUACCAACAUGUUUCAAGCAGACCACCAUAGUCCUGUGCCCAAGAACACUAAGGUAACCUGCCUAAAUGACUACCGACCAGUAGCACUCACGUCUGUAACCAUGAAGUGCUUUGAAAGGCUGGUCGUAGAUCACAUCAACACCAUUAUCCCAGAAAUAGACCCACUCCAAUUUGCAUACCGCCCCAACAGAUCCACAGAUGAUGCAAUCUCUAUUGCACUCCACACUGCCCUUUCCCACCUGGACAAAAGGAACACCUACAUGAGAAUGCUGUUCAUUGACUACAGCUCAGCGUUCAAUACCACAGUGCCCUCAAAGCUCAUUACUAAGCUAAGGACCCUGGGACUAAACACCUCCCUCUGCAACUGGAUCCUGGACUUCCUGACGGACCGCCCCCAGGUGGUAAGGGUAGGUAACAACACAUCCGCCACGCUGAUCCUCAACACGGGGGCCCCUCAGGGGUGCGUGCUCAGUCCCCUCCUGUACUCCCUGUUCACCCAUGACUGCAUGGCCAGGCACGACUCCAACACCAUCAAGUUUGCCGACGACACAGCAGUGGUAGGCCUGAUCACUGUCAAUGAUGAGACAGCCUAUAGGGAGGAGGUCAGAGACCUGUCCAUGUGAUGCCAGGAUAACAACCUCCCUCAACGUGAUCAAGACAAAGGAGGUGAUUGUGGACGACAGGAAAAAGAAGAGGACCGAGCACGCCCCCAUUCUCAUCGACGGGGCUGUAGUGGAGCUGGUUGAGAGCUUCAAGUUCCUUGGUGUCCACAUCACCAACAAACUAUCAUGGUCCAAACACACCAAGACAGUCAUGAAGAGGUCACAACAAAGCCUAUUCCCCCUCAGGAGACUGAAAAGAUUUGGCAUGGGUCCUCAGAUCAUCAAAGAUUUCUACAGCUGCACCAUCGAGAGCAUCCUGACUGGUUGCAUCACUUCCUGGUAUGGCAACUGCUCGGCCUCUGACAAGGCACUACAGAGGGUAGUGCGUACAGCCCAGUACAUCACUGGGGCCAAGUUUCCUGACAUCUAGGAACUCUACACCAGGCGGUGUCAGAGGAAGGCCCUAAAAAUUGUCAAAGACUUCAGCCACCCUAGUCAUAGACUGUUCUCUCUGCUACCGCACGGCAAGCGGUACCGGAGUGCCAAGUCUAGGUCCAAAAGGUUUCUUAACAGCUUCUACCCCCAAGCCAUAACAGCUAAUCAAAUUGCUACCCAGACUAUUUGCAUUGUUCCCCACCCCCUCUUUUACUCUGCUGCUACUCUCUGUUUAUUAUCUAUGCAUAGUCACUUUAACUCUACCUACAUGUACAUAUUACCUCGACUAACCUGUGCCCCCGCACAUUGACUCUGUACCGGUACCCCCUGUAUAUAGCCUCGCUACUGUUAUUUUACUGCUGCUCUUUAAUUAUUUAGUAUUUUGAUUUUUUACUUAUCUAUUUUUUUACUUAACACUUAUUUUUCUUAAAACUGCAUUGUUGGUUAAGGGCUUGUAAGUAAGCAUUUCACUGUAAGUUCUACACCUGUUGUAUUCUGCGCAUGUGACAAAUACAAUUUGAUUUGAUGUAUGUUGAUUGAUUAACAAUUUGCUUUGUCUCUUCUCCCAGUGGCUGCUAGGGGGCGAGGACGUGGAGGGAUGGGAAGAGGAAAUAUUUUCCAGAAAAGGCGAUAAUUUGAAAAACUAUUUUCUACUUUCUAUAAUACCGCUUGUUUGUUAUUCUUUUUUGAUAAAUGAUGCGAAAUGCUAUUUCCAUUAAAAUGAUUUUCUUACUAUUUAUCUGUUCCUUGUUAUCAGAUAGCAAAUAACUUUAGAGUAGCCGUAAUAGAUUCCUACCCUACGCUUGCUUACAGCUGCACUGGGGUCGAAUAGGCCUCCUGUUUAGAUUAAAACACAGCGGAGCCGGUGCUAGAUAUGUCUCGGAAAACGUACCUCAAUGUAGGGGUGAGAAAUUAGUUGUACGCCGAAUUGUCCCAUUAUCCCAACUGUAACAUCAAGGAGAUUGAACGACUGCUAGUUUUUAAGUAAACUGCUGUUUUUGUCCUCGUGCUAGCUAGCAGUAGCCACUGCAGCCGUUAUGGAAUAGAACGUUGCGUUGAACAACGAAGGAGCUGAUUGGCUGACACUGCCAUUCCAAAAUGGCUGCUCUGGCUUCUGCUACCUAGCAUGAGGACGAAAAGGGCAGUUUUCCCGAACAGCUAGCAGUCGUUCAAUCUUCUCGGUGUAACAGUUGGGAUAAAGGGACAAUUCGGAGUACAAUGCAGUUCUCAUCCCUGGAUUAUGGUAGGUUUUCCGAGCCAUAUCUCGCUCUGCAGUGUCUUAAUCUAAACAGGAAGUCUGUACGACCCCGGUGCACAUGUAAGCAAGCAUUCUGGCUAAACUUCACAGCAGUUUGAUAGGUCGUACACUGAAGAGGCUUAGUUGGAAAUAUGAGUGCAUGCAUGUUGUUUAGUGGCAGGGGCUGGAGAUUGGAGGUGGUUAGAGGUCUGGACAAAAAGAGCAUGGCUUCAAGGUUCUUGUUUCCACAUCAUCAGCGGUUUUGUAGUACUUGGCAAACCUGUGGAAAUAGCAUAGUCUUGUUGAAAAGCUAUAUGUAUUCUCUUUACAGUGUUGUGUCCACAUGUUCAUUGAUCUCACCUAAAGUUGUAUCCAGGGGCCACGUUGUUCUCAGAGUUUUUGUUGUCCAGCCUGCGGAAGGAGUACUUAGGGCCACGGUAA